GAUCGCGCCGCCGCUGCCUCCAAGCCGGCACUUGACGUCGACAUCCCGACGCGACCGCUACCACGCAGCGACAACUCUUCACACGGCCGACUCGAAACGAACUCUUUACGAACUUUUAUUCAAAGUUUCAAAAAGUUAUGUUAGACUUUACGACUGAUUUUGUUUAAAUUACUUCUUUAUUAGUGAACGUUAGAAUACCAAACUUAAAUUUGAUUUGGUGAUGUGCGAUGGGUGAGGCGGGUAGGAUGUCUGUCUGGCUGGCAUGCUGCGCGUGGGCCUGCGCGCUGUUAGCCGCCGUCGCCGGCGCCGCCGCGGAAGCUCAUGCAGACGUCGACACCUCCACUGGCCUUGGUGAUAACACACUCACUAAUUCAGUGCUGGAGGAGCCCGAGUUCACUGACGUCAUCCAGAACGUGACGGUGCCCGCGGGACGCAGCGUGCGUCUCGCAUGCUCCGUUAAGAAUCUUGGAUCUUAUAAGGUGGCAUGGAUGCACUUUGAGCAAUCAGCGAUCCUGACGGUGCACAACCACGUGAUAACGCGCAACCCGCGCGUCAGCGUGACGCACGACAAGCACCGCACCUGGUUCCUGCACAUCUCCGACGUACGGGAGGAAGACCGCGGCAGAUAUAUGUGCCAGAUCAACACCGUCACCGCAAAGACACAAUUCGGAUAUCUGCACGUUGUGGUGCCUCCUUCAAUCGACGACUCACUGAGCUCGAGCGACGUGAUAGUCCGCGAGGGCGCCAACGUCACCCUGACGUGCCGCGCUAAUGGCUCUCCUAAGCCCACCAUCAAGUGGAAACGGGACGACAGCUCCAAAAUCUCCAUCAGCAAGGGACAUUCCGUUUCUGAAUGGGAAGGCGAAGUGUUGGAAAUGGCGAGGAUAUCCCGCCUAGAUAUGGGUGCUUACCUUUGUAUCGCCAGUAACGGUGUGCCACCAACUGUUUCCAAAAGAGUCAAGGUCAGCGUCGAUUUUCCGCCUAUGCUAUGGAUUCCACACCAGCUCGUUGGUGCUCCACUUUAUUACAACGUGACCUUAGAAUGUUUCACUGAAGCUCAUCCCACGUCGUUGAAUUACUGGACAAGAGACGACGGUCAUAUGAUUCACGAAAGUCCCAAAUAUCAUAUGGAAAAUGUAAUUGGGACACCAGCUUAUAAGACGCAUAUGAAACUGCUGAUUAGACAUAUCGUGACUGAAGAUUAUGGCACAUAUAAAUGCGUGGCUAAAAACCCAAGAGGAGAAUCUGACGGGACCAUACGAUUAUAUACAUCUUCACCUCCGACCACAACCCCUGAUCCCCGAGCGCAGACAGUGCCGCCGCCCUCCCGACCGCCACGCCGAGAUAACCCGAUCACAGAUAAAGGAAAUAAAUAUCAAUCAAACAUGAAUGAGAUUGAGAGGCGAGAGUCGGGCAAGCAGAAGACGGACGAGGGCGGCGGGAAGUCGCAUCUUAACUGGGUGGGCGGCGCGUCGCAAGUCACAGGUGACGCCGAUUGGAGAAGAAGCCAACCUUGGAUUUUCUUUACAUUGUACUUAAUUUGUUGUUUUUAAAAAGAUGUAAUUGUUUCACAAGC